CUGCACCGUUUACAUGUGUUUUCCUCAUAGACUGUACAUACAAGGAAGUCCUUCUUGUUUCUUUGCACAUGCGGUUUUAGGGUUAAUCAGCCAGUCAAACUUUACCAAACGUUUCACGGUUAUGAAUUUCUUUUAAAAUUGAACUUUAAGUUAUUUGAAAAAGUGAAAACCACAGUCAGUGAAAGAUGGCGCAUGGAACAGCUCUUAUUUAUGACGAGGAGAUGACCAAAUACAAACUCCUUUGGGUUGAUCCAGCAUGUAAGAUUGAGGUACCCGAGCGUCUGUCGGUGAGUUAUGAGGCGCUGGUCAGAAAUGGUCUUGCUGACCGCUGCGUCUCCAUACCGGUUCGUGAGGCCACAGAUGCAGAGAUUCUGCUUGUUCACAGUGACGAAUACCUGGAAGCAGUGAAAAAGACUCCUUACAUGACUCUGGAGGACUUAAAGGAAUUCACCCUGCAGUUUGGUGACGUCUACUUCCACCCAAACAUCUAUCGCUGUGCCAAAUUGGCUGCAGGUUCUGCUCUGCAGCUGGUGGACAGUGUUAUGAUGGAGCGGGUCAGGAACGGGAUGGCUCUGGUCAGACCACCAGGACACCACAGCAUGCGCAGUGCUGCUAGUGGUUUCUGCGUGUUCAACAAUGUGGCCAUAGCAGCUCGAUAUGCGAAGCAGAAGUAUGGAGUCAAACGGGUGCUGAUUGUAGACUGGGACAUACAUCACGGUCAGGGGGUGCAGUACUGCUUUGAAGACGAUCCCAGGGGAGUGUUUGGUAAAGGCAGAAUCAUAUUUGGUUGUCUUAAAUGUAACAUUCUGGUUUUUGUUUUGUUUAUAUUUAACAGUGUUCUCUACUUUUCGUGGCACCGAUAUGAACACCAGAAAUUUUGGCCACAGCUCAGAGAGUCAGACUACGACAGUGUUGGAAAAGAGAAAGGAGCUGGGUUUAAUAUAAACCUACCAUGGAACCAGGUGGGAAUGGAAAACAGUGAUUAUCUUUCGGUCUUCUGUCAUGUUCUGCUGCCUGUUGCGUAUGAGUUUUGCCCAGACCUGGUGUUGGUGUGUGCAGGCUUUGAUUCAGCCAUCGGUGACCCAGAGGGGGAAAUGUGUGCAACUCCAGACAUUUUUGCACAUCUGACUCAUCUUCUGAUGAACCUGGCAGGAGGCAGACUGUGUGCCGUUUUGGAGGGAGGAUACAACUUGACCUCUCUGCCUCAGUCGGUGUGCCAGACCGUCCAGACGUUACUGGGAGAUCCUCUGCCUCAGCUCGCCAACCUCAGCGGUCCCUGUAGAAGCGCGCUCGAGUCUCUUCAGUGUCUCCGAUCAGCUCAGAAACAAUACUGGGGCAGCCUCAAACACACAGCCAGUCCAACAGCUGCAAACAUCAGCACCAAACGCAUCAGAAUAGCAGAAGGUGAAGUAGAAGAAGAAGAAAAGACGGAAUUGGGAGAGGAAGAAAAGAACUCGGAGGAGAAGGUUUGGCACGAGCCUCCAAAGCGUCCCUGUCCUCCUAUUCGCGCUGCUUCGGUGCUUCCUGAUGAUGUGGCGUGUCCUGAUGGAUGUAAACGCAUCACGAAGGACAUCCAUCCACUCGUAGUCAGCAGACUGAAGGACCAUUUGGUCCAAGAGGCAGAAGACGGUGAUGCUCUGGCUACCUUCUCUACACUCGUUAGUCUGGUGCAGAAAAUGGAGAAGAAUGAGGUCGGCAGCGGCUUGGCUCUGGUUGGUGAUGUCAUCAAGGCCAUGAUGUGUGUUGUCCAACACGUCUCACCUGAUCUCAACAGGGUUCUGGUUGUGUGUGUCGGUAACGGGAAGAUCCCCAGCCACAUCUCCAGAGACGGGAAAGUUCUUGUGCUUCAGAUCAGCAGUGAUGCCUCAGAGGAACAGCAGAGCAAACAUUAUAUUUCGGUGUGUUUACAGAAGGGUUGCUGUAACACAUCCGGGUUCAUGCAGGCUGUUUUGGGCCUCCUCCUACCUGUUGGAUACGAGUACAACCCCGAUCUUGUGGUUCUGGUCCGGAUGCCUGAUAGUGGAGUGUGUGACGUUGUGUGGAAACAGCUAACCGGUCUGCUGCAGAGCUUUGCUAAAGGACACACACUGGUGCUGAUGCAGGAGAAGGAGAAUUCAUGUGUGGGUCCUACAGCCUCCAUCCUCCUCGGGGAUCCAGCACCUCCUCUGGAAACCCUUCAGGCCCCAGACAGAGAGGAUGUAGAUGCUGUGGAAAGACUGAGGCGCCGACUGCAGGCUGACUGGAAACUUUUGCAGACAACAAGUGAAUACACAUCAGGAGCUGUUCAGCAUUAGUCUUCAUCAAACAUCCACUAAGCUGAAAAUAAAGUCUAAUCUCAAAUCUAGCUGUAAAACAAUAACAGAAAUUGUUCCGCUCCUGUUGUUUUUCCAAGGAUCAGAUGAAUUAUGUGAAAUAUUUUUGGCACUUUUUCCCAACUUUCAUUACACAUGUGAUCUUAGAAGGAGCAGAAGAUUUUUAUACAACCCCUCUCAAGAACACACUAGCACAUUAGCUGCUCUCUGAAUUAUUAAUGAUUUAUUAUUUAAAUCAUUUUUAGACUAAAAUUUUACUGACAUAUUUUAAAUGUAAUUUGUACAUUUAGUAAUCUUUUUCAUUGUUUAGCUAAUAAAGAAUUUUGAAUGCAAAAUGAGAAUAAAAACGUUUUCUGUCCAA